AUGAAUCUCAACACCGAGGUUAUAUCUGGAUGUGUAUUUAGGAUAACUUUUACUCCAACUGUUCAGCACUGCAGUAUGGCAACAGUUAUUGGCUUGUGCUUGAGAGUUAAGCUAAUGCGAUGCUUCCCUCCACAUUACAAGGUUGACAUCAAUGUAUCUCCAGGAUCUCAUGCAGAUGAAAAAUCAGUUAACAAGCAGUUGAACGAUAAAGAGAGAGUUGCUGCUGCACUUGAAAACCCCAACCUUCGCCAACUUGUGGAUGAGUGCCUAUACUCUAAUGAACUGUAACUCACAUAAACUAGUCUUCAAGAGCUUUAUGUACAAUUAAUGUUUAUGCUUCUUAGAUGGCCCCCGAUGCAACUGGGAUACUAUGUAUUUGGAGUAAGCAUAUCUGUAUAUUUGAAUCUUAGUAUGGUUUUGUUUAUGCCCUUUCAUCAGUGAAGUUUAGCCUGUAUCUUGAAUAAAUUUCUGAUGGGUGGCUUAGUACUCCAGCAAGGGUUAUAUAGUAGGUUUCUUUUUGUUUGUCUAAA